AUGGGCGAUCAAAAGACGGUGGAUUUGCUGUGGAACUGUGCCUCCAAACUUACCGACCAAACCCACACAGAACGACUUCUCAAGUCGUAUUACAUAACCACCUGCCGAAAGCUGGCCCGGCACAAUGUCCAGUUGCCCGAGGACAGCUUCGGAUCCGCACGCAUGUGCUCCCGCUGCGGCAACCAGUGGACCGAUGGUCGCUACCAACUCCACUUGCAGCCACAAAGGCUGAGGCAAAGUGCCAAGAGCCGGAGACUCAUCGCCCAGCUGGAAACCGUAAGGGCCAAACAGACAAAGGGCGAGAUGAGCAGUGGAGCCAGGAAACGGGCCAAGUGGCUUAAGAAGCGCAUGGCCAGUCAAAUGGCCGUGGACUGCGAAGUUUGCCGGCACAAGACAAUGCUGCCGUUGGAGAAGGGCAAAAAGCGCGCCAAAGCCAAAGCCGCGGAGGAGACAAUGGCAGCCACACAACCGGCGGCAGCGGGCCCAAACAAAAAGAAGGCUAAAAAGAAGAAGUCCCAAGCGCCGAAUAAAGAUAUCAAUGCAGGUCUGAAAAUUCCACAGCAGCAAAAAACGCCGCAGCAGCAACAGCAGCAGCCUGCCAAAUCGCCAGCGCCAGCGUCGUCCAAAAAAGCUUGCCAACCAGUUGGAAAGGCUUCCCAAAACCCAAGUCAGACGUCGAAGAAGAAAAAGAAGAAGCCCGCUCAGCCGGCGCCCGUCGUCGCUGCCAAAACGCAGUCGAAGACCCAGAAGCAAAACGCACUGCUGCAACUGGCCGCCCAGCUGAAAUCGAACGCGUUUAAAGACGCCAGCAAAUCGCAGCAGAACCGCCUGCAAGCGUUCCUCAAGUAGCGAUGAAAAUCGCUCCGCUCCGACAAUGCAUUAAAGUACCAAGAUUGCAGCUCGGCUGAAUGGAAAUACUUGUUGUGGCACAUAAUUAAGCGUUAGCACAAUACUAGAAUCAGGCUCUUUGUGCCGGUUGAUAAAGCCAGCCCAGGUGGGAACCUGUUAUCCAGCCGCCCGGUCUUCUGGGUCGAGUCACGCAACGGCUAUGCACUUAUCACUGCUGCCCGAGACGCGACCCAAGGUUGUCCAGAUAUUGCGCAGUCAACAUGGCCAGCAUGCUUAAUUUAUUUCUCGGAGCGCAACGUUUAAUUAAAAUUGAGUUGUUUGCCACGGCGUCCCAUGAACGCGUCCUUCAAGGCAGCUCCCAAAAAGGGCAACGGAUCGAACGACUCGCUUUAUCUGCCGCCCAUUGCACAAAGAGCACACGCACAGGAGAAGGCUUCGGUCCCAUAUUGGCUUCGACUUCGGCUUUCCUCAUUCUGCGAAGAAGGCUCUCGGAUUUCUCGGCAGCUGCGGCAACAACA